UGUAAACAUAUAUAUAUAGAUUGAUAUGGAUAAGUAUAGAUAUAUGUAGAUAGUCUCCAGCAGCUAAAAUCGUAUGAUAAAACAAUUAUUAAAAGCGAAUAAAAUAUUACAGCGUCCUUCGUGUUAACACCAAAAUGGCGCCGCUACAUGCCACUCGUUCACUCAACUCAUCAUCCAGUUACAACGAUGUCUAUGUCAUCGGGGUUGGAAUGACCAAGUUUGAAAAACCUAGAAAUCGUGAAGACUUUGACUAUCCAGAUAUGGCUUUUGAAGCAGGUACCAAAGCUCUACAUGAUGCAAGUAUAUCCUUUGAAGAUAUUGAACACGCAGUUGUUGGCUAUGUUUAUGGUGAUUCUACAUGUGGUCAGAAAGCAGUCUACAAGUUAGGAUUAACUGGCAUACCAAUCUAUAAUGUGAACAACAACUGUUCCACUGGUUCUACAGCAUUAAUGCUGGGCAAACAACUCAUUGAAGGUGGUCUAGCUGAUUGUGUGUUGGCUCUUGGAUUUGAAAAGAUGGCCAGUGGUUCUUUAUCUUCUCAUUUUAAUGAUCGUGCCAACCCUCUUGAAAAUCAUGUUAAUUCCAUGGCUGAAAUGAGAGGUAUUGAGGCAUCACCAAUUACUGUACAGAUGUUUGGAAAUGCUGGAAGGGAACACAUGGAAAAAUAUGGAACUACAAAACAUCAUUUUGCUAAAGUUGCAUGGAAAAAUCACAAACAUUCUGUCAAUAAUCCUUAUUCUCAGUUCCAAGAGCCUUAUACUUAUGAAGAAAUACUUUCAUCUAAAGAAAUUCAUUUUCCUUUGACUAAAUUACAGUGCUGUCCAACAUCUGAUGGAAGUGCUGCAGUUGUACUUGCCAGUGAAAAAUUUGUUCGAAAGCAUAACUUAAUGCCACAAGCUGUAAAAAUAUUAGGAAUGGAAAUGUCCACUGAUCAGUCUUCAACAUUUAACACUGAUAGCAUAAAUUUGGUUGGUUUUCAAUUAACUAAAACUGCAGCUGAAAGACUUUACCAGAAGACAGGUAUUAAUCCUCAAGAUAUAGAUGUCAUAGAGCUCCAUGAUUGUUUCUCAGCCAAUGAACUAAUUACUUAUGAAGCCUUGGGUCUUUGUGAAAUUGGUAAAGCUGGUGAAUUUAUAGAUAAUGGUGAUAAUACUUUUGGAGGAAAAUUUGUGGUGAAUCCUAGUGGUGGUUUGAUUUCUAAAGGACAUCCUUUAGGUGCUACAGGAUUAGCUCAGUGUUGUGAACUCUGCUGGCAACUACGUGGUUUGGCUCAAAAACGUCAAGUUCCACAUGCAAAACUAGCUCUACAGCAAAAUAUUGGCUUAGGUGGUGCUUCAGUUGUAGCUGCUUAUAAACUUGGAUUCCCUUCAGAGCCUCAAAGGCAAUCCACUUUGAACAUGUCUAAUGUCAGUUCUCCAACAGAACAGGAUUUCAAAUCCUAUCCCGUGUUUCAAUUGAUAAAACAGCAGCUUAAAACUGAUGGUGAUGCAAUGGUGAAAAAAACUCAAGGAAUCUACUGUAUUGAAAUAACCAGUGGUCCAGGUAAUACCACUGGAAAAUGGAUCGUAGAUUUGAAGAGUGGCACUGGAGAAAUUGUUUAUGGAGUAGAUAAGAAAGCUGACUGUACGAUUAAAAUAUCUGAUGAAAAUUUCCCACUCUUAAUGACUGGAAAACUUAACCCACAGCAGGCUUUCAUGAGUGGCAAGCUGAAAGUAUCUGGAAAAGUUGCCCUAGCAAUGAAACUAGGGAAUUUGAAGCUUAAAAAUACAGUUUCAAAACUGUGAUAGAAAUUGGAAGUUUAAAUAACAGCAGUGUGAUUUUAAUAAAUUAUAAUAAAUUUUGCCAUUCUACUGGAUUUUUUUUAUUCCCAAAACAUUCUUUAAAAUAAUUAUUAGUGAUUCUUAAUAUUUUUCAUUCCAAACUAGAAUUGCUUAUAAAUUAUUUUAUUGUAUCAGUUGAUGUUAAAGUUUUAUUUUUCCUUUUGUUUUUGAGAUAAAGCAUUAUGUAUCAAAUUAUUUUAUGGUAAAAAGUAGAAAGAAUUGAUAUUUAUUAGGUAUUUGGAACAAGCCCUGCAUCCAAGAAUUAAAGUGUUUGUAGGUAAGGUUCUAGAACAAAGAAAAUUCCAAUAACAAACAUAUCAUUUAAAAAAUAACCUUUAUGUGCUGGGCUCAAACAUAAACUAAUGUUGUUGAUUAGACUAAAUUAUUUAAAUUAUAAAUCAUCUAAUAUUCAAUUCACCAACAACUUCAGUGAUUCAAAUGGUAAAUAUGAUAGCAACUAAUGUGUUCAUAGAACUUCUGGUGUUUGUUGGUCCAGUGAUUAUAUGAAUGGAUGAUAUAGAAAAUAGCAAAUCAACACAAACCAUCUGGCUAUUAAAAAACUU